CAUUGGCCAGUUGUGUACGCAGAGGUCACACAUUAUCCAAUCACGUGCCAGCGCACUGUCUCCACCCUCUGAGCUCGUGUGCGACCGGUGUAUAUAAACGGCCAGCAGAGCGUGGAUUGGUAUUCUUUUCCUCGUCAGACGGUGAAGAGUUGAGCCCGUAGUUAUGGCAAGAACUAAACAGACCGCUCGUAAGUCCACCGGUGGCAAAGCGCCAAGGAAGCAGCUCGCCACUAAAGCAGGCCGUAAGAGCGCUCCAGCCACCGGCGGCGUGAAGAAGCCUCAUCGUUACAGGCCCGGUACCGUGGCGCUGAGAGAAAUCCGCCGUUACCAGAAGUCCACAGAGCUGCUGAUCCGUAAGCUGCCUUUCCAGUGUCUGGUGAGAGAAAUCGCUCAGGACUUCAAGACUGAUCUGCGCUUCCAGAGCUCUGCCGUCAUGGCCCUGCAGGAGGCCAGCGAGGCUUAUUUGGUCGGUCUUUUUGAGGACACAAAUCUGUGCACUAUCCACGCCAAGAGAGUCACCAUCAUGCCCAAAGACAUCCAGCUUGCUCGCCGCAUCCGUGGAGAACGUGCUUAAACUUCUCCCAACCUCACCCACAUCAACCCCAAAGGCUCUUUUAAGAGCCACCACAAGUCCGCUGAAC